AUGUUCGUGGCGAGGAACGAUGCAAAUGGCUUCGCCAGCGGUGGCAAGCUUUCUGGGGGGAAUACCCCCUCAAGGGGCCCUCUUCCUCAUAUCAGCGACCUAACGUCGGUAUCCGCUGGCGUUGACCAUAAUCUCCCAAUCCGGAAGCUUCUCGAGGCCGGCGAUGGGUGCAUACGCCAAGCCGACACUUGGGUCACCUUCAACCGGCCCGAUCUUGCUCUCCAAGAGUAUAUCCGUGGCUGCAUCAUCGCCAUCCAGAUAAUCCCCCACCACAAGGAAUACGUGUCGCUUCGCAGCGACAGAAGUGGCCUAGGUCGACUCUACGAAGCGCUCCAGCACAAAGUCAUCUCGGCGAGCCCCACCUUCGAGAAGAUAAAAGAGGAUAUCAAGGCGGAUAAUGAAAGGACUGGUGUGCAGCCGACUCAGAAAGGAGUUCCCAGGCCCGCGACUUCACGGGACGCCGCUUCUUCGAACUAUACGCCAAGCGCAAGUGGAUCUCGGAGCAAUGGGGAUGGUCCCAUUGGUGAAUCUUCACCAAGACAGAAACCGACUAUUCACCCAAAACCCCAAGCUCUCCAUGGCAAUGCGAUACGACCUGGGUCGGGCCAUCAUCGAACAGACUCGAGUGACCUAAACGCCCGAUUCGCAAACUUGAGAGGGUCAACGUCACAAGCACAGCAGCUGUCGCUGCACCAACAACAACAGCAGCAGCAGCAGCAACAGCAACAACAACAGGACCCGCGGAUAAAGACCCAUCCUCUCGUUCCUCCUCCACCCCCGGCACCGAGAGGGUCACGGUCCCGCGCUUCGAAGAUUACUGCCGAAGUCUCCGUUCCCAACCUCCCAAAAGUGCCUGACGCCAUAUACAGCCCAGCAAGAGGCACGGUGAUCACUGAAGAUUCGCAACUAUCGUCAAGUACAACCCGGGGCCAUUUUGGCCUCGUGGGUUCGAGCAACCCCAUUUCUAGCGUUCGUAGCGGAUCUGCCACAGCAUCAGUGUUACAUCAACCCGCGACGAAUGGCACGCGGAGUGCACGCGGAUCCACGGAAUCGACGUCUCCGAUGCCCAUCCCCACCACAGACACUUUGACGCCCCAGCAGCUCUGCGACUUGAUGAGGUCCAGGAGUGGCGACAUUUUGUUGAUUGACGUUCGACCCCGCGAUGAGUUUGAAAGCGGCCAUAUCCUAUCCCAACAUACCAUCUGCAUCGAGCCAUCCGUUCUCCUUAGAGACAGUAUCUCUGCAGCGGAGAUAAGCGAGAGCAACGUUCUAGCACCGGCCGAAGAGCAACUGGAGUUUGAACGUCGAAACAAAUUCGAGCUUGUUGUCUUUUAUGAUAAUGACUCCGAUACCACCCCGUAUAUCCCGUCCUCCGAUGCUGGAAAGGCCCUCGUCUCGUUACGGAGGGCCCUGGUAGACUUCAACUAUGGUCGUGAAUUGCGAAAUCCCCCGAAGCUCCUUUCAGGUGGCCUCGAGGCCUGGACCGAUCUCAUGGGGCCCAACUCACUCCAGGCUUCAUCCUCCAAUACUAGACGCUCUACAAGAAUGUCGGUGACAGUGUCGGCGCAGGAAGCCGAUCGUGCCGGGCUGAAGGGAAGGCAUUUUAGUGCUCAGCACCUAUCUACAUACAACGUGAAGCCGUUGAAGCCCGAGGAGGUGAAGCAAUGGCAGGAGACCUUGAAAAAAGAGGACAUGGACGUGGCCCACUCACCAAAUUUUGUACGUUCAACUGAAGACUUCCUCCGGAGGUUCCCACCUGUCACGGUGGAGCAGGAGUCGAUGACUUCUGGAUCUCCUUACCCCCUCGACUUGCCACAGGGUUCGGUAGACUACCAACUUUCCAAGUAUGACGACCUCCCAGCACCGCCAACACGUCCAGCGCCGGCCAUCCCGCGGCCCAGCUAUAGUGGUCUAAGUUCCCAUGAUGACCAGGGGACCCCUACUGUUAUGCUAACGCAGACAUUGCCUCUCCCCGAAGGGAGCGAUGCGCAUGGAGCCCACGUAACGGGGCUCUAUAAUAGAGGCACUUGGUGUUACUCGAAUAGCAUUCUACAGGUAUGGCGCUUCACGGCCGGCUUUGGAGAUGAGCUAGCAGGCUGGAGGCAAGGAAAUGGAAACCAAUGGAUGCCACCCGGUGACGAUAAGCCGCCGCAACUCCUAAUGAACAUUAUUGGAAAUCUGUUCCAGUGGAUGAACCAGGGCUGUUUUAAGGUUAUGAAGGCCCAGACGCUCAUGGACUAUCUUGGCCACAUAACGGAUACUGACCGUAUUAAAUUCGGCGAUAACAAUACUCAGCAAGACACUGCCGAGUACAUGCACGUCGUUUUCACGGCGAUGGACAGCGAAACCAAUAGGAGACCGAAGAGAGGGCAGAGCGCAAAGUUGGAUCCCAAAAAGAAUCAGUCACUACAAGAAGCGGUGAUACGCGAUUGGAAUCACUACCGCGAAACAUCAGACACCAUCGUCGACAGGUACUUUAGAGGCAUGGAGGUGGUCAGGACGCUUUGCAAAUGUGGCAUGGCCCAAGUCACCGUGAAUCCCUUUCUCUUCCUUUCACUCGCCAUCACGGAGAGCACGAGGACGCUCAAUGACUUGCUGCAGCUCAAUUACAGAUCAGAGAUUCUCGAUAGUUAUAAAUGCGACGGGUGCUCGGCCACCGGAACCUCGACGCGGACAACGUGGAUUGGUCGACUCCCCGAGGUUAUCAUCAUUCAACUCCUCCGGUUCCGCGUGGAGGAUAAAGCUACCAAGAAGAUGACACAGCGGAUCGAAUUCGCCAUAGAAGAGUUGGACUUCGAACCAUUCUACAUCCCCACCAACGAACGCUCUUUUGGGACCGAGUCGCCGGAAGAUUCCGCCUGGGGACAACGAUUCAAAUACCGGAUCUACGGCAUUGUAGUUCACAUGGGCAACACCGCGGAUUCGGGACAUUACUGGUCCUUUGUCCGGAGGGCGGACCCUGAGAAGGGGACGCCUGUAUGGUAUGAAUUUAAUGAUGCCAGGGUGAGGCGGCUUGGUACAGACUCCGAGUUUACCAAGAGGUAUUUACGGGACGUGUGGAAGAACGGCGAUAGGGUUCCGUACGUGCUGUUUUUACAGCGAGUGAAAGAACAAUCAAAGUAA